CACACGGACAGUGAAUAGCGUUGAGCGCCAAACGAGACAUUCAUUGAGUGUUUGUCUCAUUGAGUGAACGCAAGUGACUGCCAAUCAGACCAUCACUUCAUUCACUGAUAAUGUCUUCAAAACGCAAACGUAAGGCAAUGGCUGAGGAGGAGAACGAGUCCAGUGGUGAUCGACCCGAUUGUGUGUUUUGCGGACAGAAUCUGAAGAACAAGUACUUUAUGGGCAAAAUGAUGGUCAGGAAUGGCAUGAGUGCCCACUACUACUGCAUACUCUUCAGCCCCGGUCUGCAACAGAACGGAGGCCUCGAUGAGGACUUCAAGGGCUUCCUGGCGGCCGACAUGAAGAAGGAGGUGCGUCGGGCCUCGAAGUUGUCGUGCACUUACUGUCACAGGAGGGGUGCAGUGAUCGGGUGCUGCGACACCUCCUGUGCCGUCAAGUUUCACCUGACGUGCGGACUCGUCCACAACAGUUUCCACGCCUUUCACGACCCCCUGAAGUCCUAUCCGUCGUAUUGCGAGAAACACAGACCAAAGCAGAAGACCCGACGCGUGAACCAGAAGGCGGUCGACCGGAUGUGCGCCAUUUGUCGCGAAGAGGUGACGCCCCCACAGCCCUCCCCUAAGACACUGUGGACGCCGUGUUGCGGGCAUUGGAUGCACAGAGAGUGUGUGAUCAAACAGGCCUAUCACGCGGGCAAACACCACCUGAAGUGUCCCAACUGUAACAAUAGGGAUGAGUUCGUGACCGAAAUGAAGGCGUUUGGGGUUCACGUGCCCUCCCGGGACGCCAGUUGGGAGAAGGGCUCCACCUUUCAGGACUUGUAUGACCACCGCUACGAGUGUUCGGUCGAGAAGUGUCUGUCCAGGAAGGGCAAGGAUUUCAAUGGCGAUAAGGAGUGGGAGAUAUUGGCGUGCGAUGGCUGUGGCGCUAACGCCACUCAUAUCAAGUGCUCGGCUCUCGAGGUGGACACCGAAGAGUGGAUGUGCUCUCUCUGUAAACCCAUUCUCUCUAAUGACAAAAAACUCAAAACAAUUAACCAGUAAUUGAAUCCAAAAUUAUUGAUUCAUUGGUUUUACUAAUUU